UGUGCAAUUAUGAAUGAAUCAUCAAUUAUCAAAACUCCUCUGUUUUAUGUUCAUACACCUCCUCUGUUUUUAACUCUUUAGCACCUCCUCUACUUCUAGUCCUAGCUCACCUAGCUCCUAAACAUCUUUUCCUAAACACAUUGUCCUAGCCCACUACUACUAAAGCUUCCGCACCAAAUUCCAACAGUGGUAUCAAAGCCACAAAUUUUAACUUACUUACUAAAAUUUUUCCCGGGGCUGGCUUUAUAAUUGUUUUGGCAUCAUUUGUAAUUUCUCACCAGGCCUCUCUAUCCUGCUCAAAUGGAAGAACAGCUUAACUAGACCUGGUGCAAACUAAGUUCAGGUGCUUCGGUUCUCCAUCUUAUGCAUGUAUUCGUUUCAUUGAAUGUUAUGUUGUCUCAUGUUCUGUUUGAUUCCUUUUAUUUUCCCUCUUUUGAUGGGUUUUUCUUUUUCUUCUCUUUCUUCAUAGUCAAGUGUUUCAUAAACUUUCAAGUAUCAAGCAUCUUGUAACUGAACUUAGCAAAAUAGAAUGUAACAUCAGUUACCUUUUAUUAGUUUCAGUUUUUCAACUAUUCUCUGUAUUUCCAAUCUCUGCAAUCAUCUGCUUCCAAGUAGCACUUUGUGGUACAAUAUUGAUUCACCUUUACAUAAUGAUACCUUUCAUUCAUCUAAGAUUGUCCCAAAGAUCAAGAAAUUGGAGCACCGAAAGCGAUCUCAGGUGGCUGCUGUUUUGUUUGGCUCUUGCAAAGGCUGGUAACUUUGCCCUAUAUUGAGAACAAACUCCAUCUGCAUCUUGGAUAAGCCCAUUUAGUCAAGCAUGCAUGGUUUCUAGAACACUGCAAGUGAAUGGUCAGAAAAAGUAAAAAAGUGAGAUCUCGGAAUUGCCAGGACCAUAGGAUAGCAAAAUGUCAGUUUUGAAGUUGAGUACUGAAAAUUUGAAAUCGCCAUGUCUUUCAUAUUACUCGGUAUUCAUAAAAGUUAAUAGACAAGGCUAACUGGAUCCAACUCCCUGGAUUAAUUGGCAGAAAUAUUGCUUGACAAAAGUAAUCAAGGGAUGGAAGAUACAUGCAGUGGUUAUUUUGAUAGUGUAUCGAUCAGUAUUAGAAUACUCCUUUCUGCAGAAGUGUCUAAACGUGAGAGCUUGAGGCGACAUACAACUGAGCUUCAACAUGUUUCAGGGAUUCCUACUUCAACUCUUGAAAUCAAGCGAGAAACAAGUGUUGGGAGAUUUUGCUCAUUAUUCUCGAAUGACAAUGUCCCAGAAGAUAGCAUUUUCAAGGUUUGCGUGGCUUACAGUUAUAUGGGGCUGAUAUUGAUGAGUUGUUGAUUUCUGUUGGCUAGUUGAUUGAUCGAAUUUUCAAGACAAAAAUCACAGCUCUCCGCAAGUCUUUUGGCAAGCUCUGUAACCCGUAGUUAUUGAGAAUGUACGAACAGUACUGAAAAUCUAAAGAAGUUCCCAGUGGGAGGGCAAAGCUUAAUCAACUUGAGACAUCUUCAGUUUCGAUGAUAAUAUGUAGUGGAAGUUCCUCCUGCAGUAUUGGUGCAAAUGACCCACCCAACUCUAGAAUUGACUUAUUUGGCUUGCGUGUACCAAUCGAAAGGAGAUGCAUAAUCUGGUACAUACGUGUAAUGGGGUCACUGUUUGACCACACCAAGUAUAUGACACCUCAAUCAAAGCAUUCGACCAUCUUUUCCCUAUUGCUUGCAUAGUUGCAUGUAAUCUUCUCCCUCUUACAUAUGCUAUCGGCUAGAUUACUUAAGAAAAUUCUACCGUGCUUUUUAGAGUAUUGGGAAGCCGUAAAGUUAGCCACUAUUUACUGUGUGACCCACGUAUCUAACAGGGCAGAGUCGAGCGAUCUCUCCCGGCCGAACGUCGCCGGCGUUGCUGCCGCUGCGUUCCGGCCCGGGAGGGGAUGGUGAUUCGGGCUAGUAGCAUGUUUCUGUGGCAGCAGUUUGGUCCAGGGUUGGAGGAUGGUGGCGGGAUCUCGAAGUGGACGGAUCGAUCUCGAUCUGUUCUUCUGGGAUUAGGGAUGAGGGCAAGAGUGGAGCAGCGCUGGGGUGGGGUUUGCCGGCGACGGGUGAUGGCGUCAUCGCUGCAUUUGGGAUCUGGGCAGCGGCUGGGCCUUCGAUUUCGUACGUCUGCUGGGCAUGGGGUGGAUCUGCGUUGUGGCGCGGCGGUGCAGCAAGGUUUGGAUGCAGCGCGGCUGUGUGGUGGUGUAAGGCGGCUGCUGGGUCCAUGGGGGGAGUGGUGGUUGGGCCGGGCUUUUGCUUUGGGGCCUUGCUGGUGGUCUCUAAUGUUUAAUUAUUUAGUUUCUCGUUGUUUUCUUUCCGUUGUUUUUGUGGUGAGUUGUUUUGAUUUAGGUUUUUGGCAUAGUUUAAUAAGUCCCUACUCUUUCGAGCUAGGGUUCUGGUGUCUUGGUAUGGUAGGUGUGUCUUGUUUUUCUCAGGAGUUCAAUUCACUUUUUUGUGGUCAAAGUAAUGGGGAGAAGCUCCUGCACAUGGUCUGGCGGUUUUGGGUCAUGGUGUUGAAAGGAGUCGCUUUCUUCUUGAGGUUGGCUGUGAGGAUGUGCUUUGUUUCUUGGGUUAGCAGGGCUGAAGUGCUGUGGAUAUGGCGUUAUUUCCGGGGACUAUAUGUUUUACUCUCGAUGUUAUUUUGUUGUCAAUGUGGAUGUCACUUGCUCUUGCACGUGGUCUGGUUGGUUUGGGACACGGUGUUGAUGAAGGGGAAGUGGUUGUUUGUAAUGUUGGCUUCAAGGUUUAAUCGUGACUCUCGGAAGUGGUUUUAUGGUGUAGCCCGAGUUGAUGGGCGAUUAGGGUGGUUAGGGGUUGGGCUCUUUUGGCUCAUGGAUGUCAUUGUGGAUGACGGACCCGUAACUGAGGUUGUUCUUAGGGAGGAGAGUGGGGAAUUUAUGUCCACCACCGGGUGUUCCCAUUUGUAAUCGUAUUUUAUGAAAUAAAAUGUUUCUUUCAUUCUCAAAAAAAAAAAAAAAAAAAA